AUGGGCCCCGGGUCACUAGACGAUCUGUCUUGGCAGGCCGCUUUCGAGAGACAGAUCUAUUCAUCAGUGGUCGUGCUUAGUCCAUCCGAUGCGACGACUAUCAAAGUCAAUGAAUGCUCAUGGACUAACCCCGGAGGGCCACAGCCUAGAAAGGGGCUUCCACUAGAGACCUUCAUCAACAUCACCAGCGGACCACGGGAUUGGCAGCGAGCUCGGCGUACAUAUGUGCGUCAGAUCCUCUAUAGAGUCGCAGUCCCGUACUGGUUGGAUGAAUCUCGCGAGGAGGGUGACGGCUACACUUAUGACAACGUUUGUCGGCGUGAGAACAAUCAAGCAUUCCCGGAAGGUGUUUGCUACUUAUUCGAGCACCUUUCGAGUUGGAAUAAUCAGGCAAUCUCUCUUCAGAUAGCCUUACAGGCAGAAGAUGCAUCCACCGAAGAAGAUAGUGGUGAGCCGGGGUCGAUACACGUGCCCGGCACUGACGACAUGAUUGCUCCUUAUCGUGCAGAGUUUCUGCCCGGAUAUUCUUUGCUGCGUACGUCAUGCAUCACAUCACUGAAGUUUCCUGUGCUCGAGACUCCUGAAACGAUGUGGUACGAGAGUUGCGCACUAGACGUGCCAUGUGAUGAAAACAAGAUUUCCCUGCCUGCUUGCUUGAGCAUCGCAUCAGCGUGCAGCACUUUGAAAAACGUUCGGUUGGACCUCGAAGACGAUAUCCCUUCAGACGAGUUCAACAUGCGUGCCAUCAGGCAAACUGCGGCUGCCAAGGGUUUUCACCAGCUUCCACGAACCAUCAAAGACAUGACCUUGUGCUGCAGCUCGCUACAACAUCUGCAUUUAGAGAGUCUAGAGGUUUUCGCAGAGCUCUUUUGCUCUAAUGGACUGGGGUUACCAAUUGAAGCACACUGGCCGUACCUUGAGACGCUUCAACUGAAGGACCAAGUCUCACCUUUUGGCGGCAUGAAAUUAGUGUACCCUGUAGGUCUGAUCAGAGAGCGAUAUCUCGACCGUCUCUACACGAGCCUUGGUCACGCCGCGCAGAAGAUGCCGAGCUUGAAGAGUGUUGUGCUCACACAUUCUUCCCUUGACUACGAGCUUGAGCUGUCAGUUAAGAACGAGCGCUGGAACCUGAAUAUCUGUGUGAUGGACACCUAUCAGCCAUCUCCUGAAUUCCUUGCAGCUUGGAAAGUGCCCGGAGGAAGCUUACAACCUUGCAUCAACAAAUACUGGCGACAAGCUACAUAUCCAUCUUGGCCGCCUUCCUGA